AUGUCAUCUAUUCUUAUCGUUCUUCUCCAUACAUUAAUCUUAUGUCGAUCUCAGAUCAUAAAUUUUCAGUGCAAUUUUGACACUACUCCACUAACAGGUGAUUGUCAAUUCAUAUCAACAACAGGUGGUCCAGCUAUGACUGCAGAUACUGGUCCUGAUGCCGCUGCUACAGCUCCUAGGCAACCUUUGUCUGAUGUCAAGGCAAUCUCAUCGCCAACAGUGCCUAACAAUGAAUAUUGUGUGUUACCAUAUACAUAUACAGAAGGAGGUUGGGCUAUGCAUUUUUGUCGUCGUUUCACCGCCACUAAUAUUGCAUGUCCAACUGAAUCUGGUCCGGGGCAAUGUAAUGCAGGAAGCUAUGGUCUUAUAAAACCAUCAAGUAUUGGUACCUUACCAAUAGAUGUGACAUAUGUUGCUAAUGUUCAAAAGAGUUCAAACAGAGAACAAUGUCUUGAUUUCUACUAUUAUAUAACUGAUAAUACGGAAAAUGCUAAAAUCGAGAUUAGUUGGGAAAAUGAUGAAGAAAUAGAAGCUAUUACUGCGGUAUCAGCAGUACCAUCAGAGAAUAAAUGGCAACAUAAACAAGUUACUUUUAUGGGUCCAUCAUCAUUAUCUUCAUAUAAAAUUACUGUUAGAAUCAUGCGUGAUACAGGAGUGUUAAACUUUUUUUUUGCAUUGGAUGAAAUGUAUAUUUACGAUCAGUCUUGUGGUAAUGUGUUUGAUAUUGAUAAUGAAUUAUUUUAUUUUAUUUUUGUUUAUUUUCAUCUUCAUACAGAUGAUCUUACAAACACAACUCCUGAAUCAAUCACUACUGAUGCACCAAUAACAGAUACCGAUGCACCAACAACAGCUACUGAUGCACCCACAACGGCUACUACUGCACCCACAACGGCUACUGAUACACCAACAACGGCUACUACUGCACCCACAACGGCUACUGAUGCACCAACAACGGCUACUGAUGCACCAACAACGGCUACUGAUGCACCAACAACGGCUACUGAUGCACCAACAACAGAUACCGCUGCACCAACAACAUCUACUGCUGCCCUAACGACAACUACUGCUGCACCAACAACAACUACUGCAGCACAAACAUCAGCUACUCCAGCACCAACUACAGCUACUGCUGCAUCAUCAAUAGCUACGAACCCAAUCAGUAGUGAUACACCAACAGUGCAAACAAGUUCUAUGGAAACUACAACAGCAAAAACUAUUCCUUCAACAACAUCAACAACACCCCCGACAACUGGAAGCACGACAACACCUAACAUGCCAACUGAUACAGAUCCAAACUUAGCUCUUAUUCUACCACUUGCUAUUGGUAUUCCUGUUUCACUUGGCAUUAUCGGUAGUAUUGUCUACUAUUUUAAAAUAAUCAAACCCAAACACAAAAUCAAUGUUAAUGCUACUAGUACAACUAAUGACAUUCCGAUGGUAUCACCGAAUAAUACUACCGAUAAUAAUACAACAGUGGAUGCUCUGGUAGUUUAA